AUGUCACCCUCUUCUGGCGUAAAGGACAAGAAUUCCCCCAGACUAAUUGAUUACAUUUGUUUUGUCGGUAAUAAGAAUCCAUGCCGAAAUGGACGCGCAAUAUCUCAACCGGCGUUGUUAAGAGUUUAUCCUCCCCUAAAUCAUAGCGAUUUUGCUCUCCCAAACGAUAUAGUUUAUUUUUGUCAACCGGAGGGAUGUUACAGCACAUCAUCUCGUUCCUUCAUCCUCGACCCUCGUCAUUCGGGUGGUUGCCUACCUCAAAAUAUCAAAAUGGAAUUUUUCACAUUUAUGCUAACAGAUAAAGAAUCAAACAUUGUGAGAUUUGGGAUAUGCCUUAAUUUUCUUCGUCCCAUUGGAAGGCGAAAAUCGAGUUACACAUCAAAGGUUACUCGUCGAAGAAUAAAAUCAUUCAGAAAUGCUGUGAGUAACAUAUCGGAGCAAAAAUCUCCACUUCGUAUGCGUAGUUGUGAUACUCAAAUGGAUUCCAGUUCUUCAUCAAAUUCUUCGGAUUUCGUGAGAAAUCAUUCUGUUGAUAAACCCGAUCGUCCAUAUACUCACACACUCACAUCGAUUUGUCUUGUGUCUCGCUAUCAGUUUUUUAAGAAAUUCGAAAAAUGUUUGCGGUUCCUCUAUGCCUUGAUUCAAAAAUUACACGAGGGUUGCAAACCACGAAUUUCUGGGAGGCAAACUGUAUGGUCGGUCUUAACUGGCGCUGUUGAGAAUCCAGAGCUUUUAACUGUUAGAAAGAGUGUUGAAGAGAUAGAUACUUGGAUUUUGCGUCUUCUUAGUACUCCAGCUCCUCUAGCAGGAGAAACUGCUGUACAUCUUUUUUUACAACCCUCUGAACUCGGUCCACCAAUCAUAUUUGCCCUGCCCGAUAGAAAUCGAUUUUCCCUUGUGGAUUAUUCGCUUUGCUUGCCCCUUCGAUUAUUGGGAGCUGAAAAGUUCCUAAAAGUUUUCUUUGCUAUACUGCUUGAACAAAAGGUUGUGUUAGAAUCUUCUCAUCACGAUCGCCUAACGACUUGUGUUCUAGCAUUCACAGCGCUUUGCUAUCCUCUGCAAUAUCUCUUCACAGUCAUUCCUCUACUCCCUUCCUCCCUAAAGGGUGCUGAACAGAUUCUCCAAGCACCCUCUCCAUACAUAAUCGGCCUACCACGAAGCUUUCGUGACUCACGUCGCUCCUUCCAAUUUCCCAAAGAUGUCCUCCUCGUUGAUUUGGAUACUCAGGAGCUCUACGGUCAGGGCGCCCAGGAGCCAAUACCCAAGUUGCCUCAAGCGGAAGAGAAGCGACUGCUUUCCCAACUCAACAAGGUCCUUGCGGGGUUGAAUGAGACCAGUGAAGAGCAAACAGAGCGAAAGGAGAAAAGGGCCUCAUCCACAUCAUCUGAGCUGAGCUCAUUUGAUCAAUUAGCUCUUAAUAUGGAUGAGGAGUCGCUGAAUCUGGCCAUUCGAGUUGCAAUGGUGCUGUUUUUCAAUUCGCCAAAUGUUCUGGGAGGUUUCACAGAGCAUACAAGGACAGUUCGUAUCUACCCGCGACCGGUUGUGGCUUUCCAGUAUGAGAGAUUCAUGAAGUCCCGACCUGAGCCCUCACCGUUCACAGUGGUUCUGGCCAAAACUCAGGUAUAA